CAGGGCCAUCAUGGCCCUCUUGUUAAUAUGGUCUUAUAAUUAUAGGACCUGUUUUGUGCCUGGUCCACAACUUUUUAUUCAUGAAAUGAUUCUGAAAUGAGUUUGCACAAAUAUUCACCAUAAUAAGACAAUUAUCUCCCUUUAUGUACUUUUUUAGUAAUGAAAAAUGCUCAGAUAUAUUUCUAUUGAUAUAUUCAUUUUUAUAAUGAAUUUAUUGUUGCAUGUUUAUCAAGCUUUUGCACUGAAAGUCCACAUCCAUACCUAAAACAUUUGAAAUAAUAUUAUUGUGUGCUUCAUAUAAAAAACUUCCUUUAGGCAUGAAUCAUUUUUAACCUGGCCACUAUAAAUUCCUGUUUUACAUUUGAUCCAUUGUAAAAACAGUAAUUUACUAUUGUUGGAACGACCCUCAAGCACAAUAUUGUCAUUUUAAAGGUUGAGUGUAUGUAGAGAUGUAUCCACCUUUCAUAAUGAACAACCUUGAAUGGAUAUUAUUUUAUAUAGUUAAAUACUGGUUAUAGUCUGAUACAAGAUAAAGAUGGUAGUCAGUAGAAGAUGUAUCAUGAACCAGUUGUGUUACCGUGUAUCAAGAAGCAAGGUUCACAUAUUGUUAUUGCUUACAUCUGCAUGUCUUCUACUCCUGUAUAAAAGUUCAUUUGAUGCAACAAACACUGGUUCAAAAUACAGCUUCUCAUUAUUUAGAGAACAACAACUUCCAGAACCAACACAAGAAGAUAUAGACUAUUUUUCAAGAUUUGUUAAUGUUAGUUUUGCCGUGGAGGAUAAUUUCAUCAGUGGGGAAUUAAUGGGUGGAAGGGGAUAUUUCCUAUGUAGCGUAACAUUGACUAACACAGGUGUACAAACUGUAAAGGCAAAACGCUGGCAUCUUUACGGUUAUUUCAUGAGACUUAUGGAGAUAGAUAACUAUCCUUAUCAAUUAGGAUAUCAUAUUAAGUCAUGUGGUUUGAAAUUAUUUCAUGUUGGUGGCAGCUUGUACACGAUUUGA